UUUGUGAACUUUCCUCCUCCAAAAAGACCAGAAAUGGACAUUUCGAAAGUAGACAAACAAAAAUUGCAAAAUACAUCUCCUUUCCGCUGACCAAUUGUUAUUAUUACUUAUCAUUAUUAUUUAGCUCCAUUGCAUCAUGAUCACCGACUGUGAAUAUUAAACUGCUAUGGUGUUGAAGGGUUAAUUAAAGAUCUAAGUUUGUAAAUGAAGGAUGAGAAUUGAAGACGAACAAGCAAACCACCAGUACUCGUAUAUAAGUAUUUAUGGAUAACGACGUAGCCCAUAAAAUCCCUGAGAAGGAUGUAAUAUUUACUGAUCAUGAUUUUUUCACUCUUUUCACCGGUGCAGAGGAAUGCCAUGAGAACAAGUUUGGUGAUUUGAGAGUGCUUUGGUACCCAAACGCGACUGAUUCCGGCGAAAAAGUCAGACCCCUUACCUCCAUCUCAGAGUAUGUGAUUUUUUGAUCAUAUCUUAUAUGUUGCUGCUUUGUUUUUCUUUUUUGGGUGAAAGAUUGUUGUAUAAAUAAACUGAAGAGUUAAAAAAGGGAAUGAAUGGAAUCGGAAAAUUGACUUAUUUAUGAACAGAGUGCCUGUUGAAAAUUUUUUUUUUCCUGGCUUUAUACUGUUUGUUCAUACAUAGAAUUUCAGGUGGUGUUCCUGUCCCGCGAUCGCGCUCAAUUCAUAAUAAGAUCAAGUCCUUACUUUUGUCAUUGUUGGGAACCCAUAAUUUAGUACAGUUUUGGGCACCCAUAACAUCAAGGCCGUGCUAUCUGUGUCAGGGCAACCUUUUGGAAUGAGUGAAAUCUACAAAGGCCUCUGUAGAUAUAGGUACUCUUGCAUUCGGCCGGAAAGCUCAGUGGAGGAGAUCAGUCAGUUUGGUCCUCUUGGGAGGGUGUUCACACAAGGAUCAUCGGAACAUUGUUCGGACAUUGAUUAUUGCUCGGAGGAGGAGUUUCCGAUGAAGAAGUUUGCUGAAAUUUUCGGCGUUAAGGGUUACUGGAUUUUGCCGCUUUUUGAACGGGAUCAUGACCCUCGAACCUGUGUUGGGGUACUUGAGAUCCUUUCUUUCCGUAGGCAUACUCUAUCCAGAACCUUGCUAAUUAAAAAAGUAUUAACCUGAUGUUGCAUUUGUUUUGCUUCUUCCCCUUCAACCCGGAAUAUAUAAUCCACUUAGCUGAACCGGAGUAGUGCAACUAAUUGGAUUAUUUUUCUAGGACGGAGGGAGUAUUAUGUUUCUACUUUUUUUUGCCGGUUCAGUUUCCUUGAAUUUCAUUAGUUUAUUCUGGUUGCAGAACACAGGGUUAACCAUUACGAAGCCAAAUCUCAAGGAGUGCCAAAAGGUAAGUUGUGAUGGUGUGUGUACUUAAUGUUGAAGCUUCUUGCCUUUGGAAAUCCUAAUUUUGUUGUAACUGUAAAUUUCACAUCAUUUCAACCCAGUUUCAUCGAAGUUUACUCUCUUCACAAGAACAUUUGCUGAAGUCUUUUCAAAAAAUUGGAUGGACGACAUGAAACUCAAGUCUGGGUUCCCUGUAUCUGUGAUCAUCAUGGGACUUCUGCUGCGGAUUUGUCGAGUGCGUCAAGGUGGCCGAUUACUCGAUUGUUUUGCCAAUUUCCAUGGUUUUAUUGGGUAGAUAACGACAGUGACAGUAAUUUCUGGUUUGAUCCCAGAGCUUAUUUUGUAAAGAAUGGUAAAAGUUGGGUUGGAAAAGCAUAUUCAAUAAAUAAGCCUUGUUUCUUGAAAGAUACCAGUCAAUACAGUAUCUCUAAUUACCCUAUCAAGGAUUCCACUCGUACUCGUCAUGCAUCUUCUUUUGCUAUCCCCUAGAAAUACAUCCACCCCAAUCUUCCUCCAUUCAUAUUAGAAGUCUUUCUUCCACGCGACUGCUAUGGCGAGUUAGAACCCGAGGCUAUGUUGAGUUCAGUAUUAGCCAAAUUUGCUCAGAGACUUUCAAAGUAUGAUGUACCAUUUGAAUUGACACAUGCCCAGAAAUUCUAUGUUGAAUAUUCCCACUCUGAUAAUGAUAACUAUUCAUAUUUUGAUGUAAGCCUUAGAGAUGAAACCAUGGAUAAUACUGAAACAUUAGAAGACAAUGUUCAACACCAAGAGACUGAUAAUACUGCUCAAAUCAUUUUGGGUAUUGGCAAUGAUAAGGAAAUGCCAUCCUGUGCACAUCUUGGAGGUGGAAAAGAUCAGCAACCUGCAUCAUUUGGUCAACAGCCAAGCAUGGAAAUUACUAGUGUUUAUCAAAAUUCACAAGAUAGAGCUGAGGCAUUAAUAGAAGUUUCCACAGAUGCUGAUGGUCUAAUCAUUUCAGAUGCUGCUGAAGAUAGUCAAUUCCAAGUAGCGGUUGAAAGAGACAAUCAACCUCCAGCACUUGAUCAACAACCACCCGCGGAAGAUGGUGUUCGUCCCAAUGCAAAUGAAGCUGCUCAGACUUCCGCGGGAUUAGUUUUCCUUACUGGUAGAAAUGAAAUCAGUUUAGCCAUUAUUCAACAAUAUGAGGGCAGCAAACUUGCAGAUGUUGAAACCGAACUCGGACUCAGUCCUUCUACUAUAAAACGUAGAUGUCGAGAUAUGGGUAUAAAAAGGUGACCAUGGCCCAAAAGGAACAAAGUACACGACAUUCAGCCGAAUUCCAUGCUUGGAGUAAGAUCUCUUCAAAGUGGUGGCGAAGUUAUUCAAGAACCUGAUGUUGGGGAUCAUAAUACAUUAGAGAAAGUGGUGGCAAGUGUGAAUUCGCCAUUCACAAGCACGUCCAAUGAAGGUAUUGAUACGGGAAACCGAUCAAGUUCAGAAGAUGCUUGUCAAGGCAACAUACAAGGGUGACAUUGUAAAGUUUUUCUUGCGCAGCUACUCGGGAUUUGAUGGAUUGCUUAAAGAAUUGAAAGAAAGAUUCAAACAAGCAAAGAAGGGGUUCAAAAUAAAGUACAAGGACAAGGAGGAAGGUGAUUUGGUUAUGAUUGCAUGCAAUAAGGAUUUACAGUUAUACAUGGAUGGUUUAGUAUCUGCAGGGCAAACUAGAAUGGAUUUGAUGCUUUUCUAGAGUUAAUUUGAUGUUGAUUCACAAUUUUUGAACCAAAAUGAUCGGAUCAUUUCUAGUGAUUUUCUGACCAUUAUUCUGAAGAAGAUUCAUUUCUUCUCGUUUGAGACUGUUUCUAGAGUUUAUUUAAUCUUCCAGGUCUUUUGCCAAGGGAUUGAAAACUUAGGGCACUUGUGGAAUGUAUAUCAGUCUGAUCACGUAGUAAAUCAGAUACGGCUUAAAUCACUUACU